AACAUGAUACACAGGCUUCUCUCCAGUAUUUAACGUAGUUUGUACAUGUGUCCAUACCAUGAGGUAGUUUCGUAAAUUACUGCAGAAACUGUCCGUAAUCUGACAAAUGUCAGAGAGGUUAACGUGUGAUAAUGCGAUAGUGAGUGCCGAAUGUAUAAUGACAUUGCAGUUAAAACAUGAACAGAUUAUUAAAUGAAAACGGAAUAACAUGUUAAUACUGAAGUUGCGUGUUUUCAAUAAGUCCGGGAGACCUAUAAAUUAUGCACACUACCUCGUGUAUGACACAGAGCUGUUUAAAACAAUGAUCACUGAUCUUAAUCACAAAAAUGUACUGUAGAUAAAAAGUUAGUCACCUUAUGUAGCUGUAAACAACUCAAGAAACAGCAGACAUGGAUAAAAUUCAAUUAUGUGAAAGCUUGAUGAAGUGGCUACAAACCUUCGAUGUUGACGCACCACAUUCAACAGUGGAAGAAGUCAGUGAUGGUGUUGCAAUGGCUCAAGCAUUGGCACAGAUUGCACCUGAAUGGUUUACUGAGUCAUGGCUGUCAAAGAUCAAAACAGAUGCCGGUAGUAAUUGGCGACUUAAGGUCAGCAACUUGAAGAAAGUAAUUGAAGGCAUAGUGGAUUACUAUCAUGAUGUUCUUAAUCAACACCUUAGUGAUUUCAACAAGCCUGAUGUUGUCAGAAUUGGAGAAAAAUGCGAUGCUGCAGAGCUGGGGCGCUUGUUGCAGCUUAUUUUGGGAUGUGCAGUUAACUGCAACCAGAAGCAAGAAUAUAUAACCAAGAUAAUGAUGUUGGAGGAAUCAGUGCAACAGGUAAUAAUGCAGUCCAUUCAAGAGCUUGAGUCUGCUAGCCAGGCAAGUUUUGGUCCUGUUGCCGGAGUUGAACUAGAGGCAGAAGCUCAAAGGCUAGCUUUAGCUCUAGAGGUGGCUGCAGAGGCUCGUGACCAAAUGGCUCAAAGGUGCCAUGAACUUGACAUGCAGGUUACAUUACUGCAAGAGGAAAAAGCAAGUGUAUUAAAUGAAAACAAAAGGUUACAUGAGAGGUUGCGAGAGUUUGAGAUGUUGGAAGGCCCCAUGGCCGCUUCAGGUCACAAGUGCAAAGAAUUACGUAAACAGGUUGAUGCCCUGAAGGAAGAAAUCUUUAAGUUGGAAACAUCACGAGAUGAUUUUAGAGCAAAAGUAGAAUUGCAAGAAAAAGAGCAUCUUGAGAUGCAAGCAAAGAUUGAAGACUUGCAGAAAAUGGCUGAUGAAGCACAACACCUGAAAGAUGAAGUUGACAUCUUGCGAGAAACAGCAGAUAUGGUUGGAAAAUAUGAAGCUACAAUAGAGUCAUAUAAGAAACGAUUGGAGGAAGUUGGUGAUCUUAGGAGACAAAUCAAAAUCCUUGAAGAAAAGAAUACUGACUACAUGCAGCAGAAUAUGGAGCUAGAGGAGGAGUUGAGGAAAAGUGGAACACUGAAGCAGCAGUUAGAAAUGUAUAAGAAACAAGUAGCAGAAUUAGAUGAAAAAUUAAUUGAGGAAACAAAAAGAGCCGAUAGAGUUGAAUUUGAAAGUAAAAAACUUCAAGAAAGACUGCAUGCCCUCCAGAGGGAAAAUCAGAGGCUAAUCAUUGAGCGUGAUUCCCUGAAAGAGACAAAUGAGGAACUGAAGUAUUCACAACUGCAGCAGCGUGGAAACUGUACACCAGAUACUCUUCUAGUUGAAACUGUGCCUGAAAACAUGAUAGCUCCUGAAAUUAAGGAAAAACUUCUGAGGCUGCAGCAUGAAAACAAGAUGCUGAAACUGAAUCAGAGAGGUGAUGAUGAUGAAAAAUUAUCCGUUGUGCAAGCAAUGCUUGAGGAUACGACAAAAAGAGUUUCACAGCUCCGAGCAGAUAAUAGACUUGCAAACCAGCGUAUUAUGGAGCUAGAAAGUCAGCUUGAGGAGGCACAUGAGCGUGAUGACAGUGGUGGAACUGGUCUACGGCACUGUGUCACCACACUCCAGGAACAACUGAGAGUCAUUCAGUCUGAGAAGGAACGAUUGGCAUCACAGCUUGAAGACCUUGAAUCUUCAAUUAAUGAGUACAAACGAAGGGAUGCAACAUUACAGGAUACAUUGCGCCGCAAAGAUCAGGAACUUCAGCAGCAGAAUGAAAGGUAUCGAAAAUAUGUAGAAAAAGCAAAAGAUGUCAUUAAGAUAAUGGAUCCAAAGCAGAGUGUAGAUGCCACAGCCGAAGUUGCAGUUCUCCGUAGUCAGCUCCAAGACAAGGAAAAGAUCAUCGAGGACCUGGAGGAAGAGAAAGAACAAAAUAAAGUUUGCCAUGAAUUGGAGGAGAGACUUAUGACAUCAGCAUUUUAUAAACUUAGUUUGACUCUCCAAAGUGCAGCUGUAGACCACAGAAUUGCAGCCCUCAGUUCUGGACAGGGGCAAUCAUUCCUUGCUAGACAACGGCAAGCUAGCGGUCGGGGUGUUGUGCACAGCCUGGAGUCUCGCUGACUUUGAGCCAUGCCAUGGCAAAAAUAGGGUUGUGGCGGCCCUGAAUGUAAAAUAGUCGGAGUAACUUAUGGACAAGCUGUAGAAAUUAUGAAGUUGUUAACCUGCUUCUGAAGCAACUUGUUUUCUUUUAAAAUAUCGUCCUUCAUUCUUGACUAUUUAUUUAAUAAGAAUCUAAAGCAGACUAGAUUUGCAACAGAGAUACAUGUCCAAAAUUCAACUUUUCUAUCUUU